AAACAGACCUUUAUUCUGAAAAAGGUGUAAUGGCUGCCUGGCUGCUGCGGCAGUACACAUGGAUAACACACCGGUAUCGCUAGAUUUACCUGGAGAAUUUCAGAAGUAUUAAAAUAUUUUGCAUUUAACUGGUUUGAAACACUUUCUAACUAUCAACGCGGAUUCGCUGAAGGUAAAAGACGCAAUUGAGUUGAGCACGCGACUACAUCUAAUGUCACUGUGCUCGCGACUGAAGCAUGUCUGUGUUUGGAGGACUGAUGAGUAGCGCGGUGACCUUCUGCGCGAGACACUUUAGCACAGGCACUUGUGCGAGAAUACGAAUGCACGCCAUUCCCAAACUGAAAGAGGUGGAUAGAUGGACUGAGAAGAGAAGCAUGUUUGGAGUCUAUGACAACAUUGGGAUAUUAGGUGAUUUUAAAGCCCACCCAAAAGACUUGAUCAAAGGGCCCGUGUGGCUCAGAGGCUUCAGCGGAAACGAGCUUCAGCGUCUCAUCAGAAAGAAGCGGAUGGUAGGAGACAGGAUGAUGACGGAGGACAAGCACACCCUGGACAAGAGGAUCAGCUUCCUGUAUCGCCGCUUCAACAGAUACGGCAAACACAGAUAGACUGAACGACAGCUGUUGUAUACGUCUUCCUCAUUUUUAUCAAUGUGAAGUUCAUUUUGUGUCAAAAGCUGCAGCUGUUUAUUAAAACGUAAAAAACA